AUGUUCUUCUCCAGACUCGUGUCCGUGAUGGCGGAGGGUGGGCUGAACGUGAGCGUCUUCAAGUAUCCACUCGGAUUCAUCAGGGUCAUCCAAUUUGUAUUUCUCGUCAUCGCUCUAGCUGCAGCCAAUUCCUGGCACGCCGACGUGACGUACGUUUGCGUUGAUCCGACGACAAAUACGACAAAGACGCCGAUCCAAGCGAAGACCACCACAUUUUCAAUGGCCUCCCACCAGCUGGAGACAUGUGAUGGAGGCAAGUCCACGUUUUGGACGGAUGGUGCUGGAGGUGCUGCCGGAUUCUUCUAUUUUACGGCCGUCGUCACGCUGAUCUUCGUGUUGAUCGUCACAUUUUCCUACGUGGUCCUAUGGCAAAUCUACAGUAAUGACAAGCGAAUCCCGUUGGCGGACCUCGCCGUCACGGCCCUCCUGUUCGUCUUCUGGUUUUUCUGCACCUCCAUCUGGUGGUCAGCCGCCAAUGGUAUCGGCGGGCAGACAAGCGAAGAGCAUGUGAAGGCAAUCAUUGCUGGAGCUCCUGAAAAAUGGGGGAGUUUUGUAGGAGUGUCGGCGAAUAAUGGAAUGCUAACGAUCUCUGUGCUGUCUGGCUGGGUGUUGGUGGCGACGCUGGCGCUGAACUCGUGGUUCAUCUGGAAGGAGGUCGUCCCGCGGAGCGAAUCAGCCCCCACCCAAAUUGCA